AAGAUCAGCCAGCGGCCGUCAUAUGUCUGGUAGGGAAGUCAGUGUUUGGUUUUGUGUAGGAUGAUGAUGAUGUCAUAACAAAAGCCACACACCAGCUGUAAAGGCUACAUUUCAUUCCUAAAUUCUUGAAUUUUGACGGCUGCCGUGCUGCCAUGGUGACGAGACAAACGGGGUCUCUUUAAGCUGCACUGGAGCAGGCAGGGGUGAGUCUGCAGAGCAGGAAGACGGAGCAGGACACAGGGAACCAGCCUCCCCACUCAGAAACAGAUCAUGUACAUUAAAUUCUGUCGUUGGGGCUCUGAGGAUAAAAAAGAUGAGAACUCAUCCUCCAAGCUGACUGUUGAGCUGGGCGAGGAGAAAGCCAAGGAGACUAAAGGAAACGAACGCCUGUUCCGCUACGGCUGUGUUUUUCUGACUGUGCUCUGCUUCAUCUUUCUGCUGGUCAUCGUCUUCCUCAGCAUGAAACUUGGAUCUGGAUCCCCUCCCUGCACCGUCCAGCAGUGUCCACACUUUAACCCCAAGCAGCAUGAGCAGCUGUGCGCCAAGGGCUGGAUUUACUUCAACAAGUCGUGUUUCUUCCUGUCCACCCUCAGACUGCCAUGGGCUGAGAGUCAGAAAAACUGUAGCUCCGGUGGUGGAUCUCUGGCUGUCAUCACCACUCAGAGCCUCCAGAGUUUUCUGACAUCCAAAGGGAACCUGAAAUACUGGAUUGGUCUGAGACACGUUGACAAUUCCUGGAACUGGGUUGACCACAGUCAACUGGAGCAGAGUUUCUGGGGUAAAGCUCCUCGAGACGGAGACUGCGCCUUCCUGAGCAGCGAAGAUCCAGCUGAGACGAACUGGGACCGAGCUUCCUGUAAGGCUUCCACUUAUUUCAUCUGUCAGCAGCAGAUCUGAGGGCUUCUGGGUGGUCCUGAUCGAGCAUUUCAUCGAGCAUCAGCAAAUAUGAAGUGCAAAGUUUGAAUAAAAUUUUAAUAAAUAUCCCUAACACAUUUUUAUUAUUUAGCUCACUAAUUUUGAGUGUAAAAUCUUAGCAAAAAAUUUCUAACAAUGUUUUUUUAAUAUAUAUUUUGUAAUUUAGCACACAGUUGUUACAUUUUGCAAAUUUCUGCUAAAUGUAAAAUGGUAUAUCUAAAUAUUAGACUAAAUCUACAUGUUGUAAAUGUUGAACUUUACAUUUCAGUCUUUCGGAAUGAAACAGCCUUUGUCAUUGGUGUGUAACUCAUGUUUUGAUGUCAUCAUCCUGAAGUUGUAGCAACUGCUAAUUCUGUUAACCCUGCUAAUGUAGCUAAUGCUCUGAAGAUGGCAUUUAAAAUUUAAAUUCAAAAUGUUUUCAUUCAAAACAAUAUGAAUGGUACCUGUGAUUUGGCAAUUUGAAGUCUUGUAGGGAAACGUUAGCAGCGUUAACAGCGUUAGCAGUGUUAACCACAUUAGCAGUGUUAACAGCGUUAACAGUGUUAACAGUGUUAGCAGUUUUAACCACGUUAGCAGCGUUAACAGCGUUAGUAGCGUAAACAGUGUUAACAGCGUUAGCAGCAUUAGCGGUUGCUUUUGUCUCAGGAAGAUGACUUCAUAACAAAAGCGCACCAAAGGCAAAAGCUUUGUUUCAUUCCAAAAGACUUAUUUCACAAUUUCAUAAUUUUUUCACAAUUUCACAAUCUUUAACUAGGAUUUUACACUCAGAAAGUGACCUAAAUAAUGAAAAUGUGUUAGUGACAUUUUUUAAACAUUUCAUUUCACACUUGGUGCCUCAUAAGCAACUAAAUAACAGCAAAUCAUUUCAUUUUUCAUAUCGCACUCCAGUCAGUAUCCAGAAAAUUAACAAAGCUUGUUUGCUUAAAAAAACUAUUUUUUUUUAAGUGUGAUGUACUUUCUAACUUCAGUGUGUGGUGCAUUUUGUAUUCUAGUAGUGUUGCUGUUUAUAAGAUCAAUCACUUGACCUGAAUGAUUUUUCUUCCUGCUGAAACACAAAUAAAAGCCAGUAAUUUUCUUUUAA